AUGUCUUGCUACGAGCAGUGCAAACAGCCCUGCCUGCCUCCUCCCAUUUGCGUGCAGAAAUGCACCAAGUGCGUGGAGCCCUGCAAGACGGUGUGUGUGGAACCCUGCGGCAGCGUCUGUGUGAAGCCGUGCUCCACACCAUGCGUGGAGGUCUGCCCAACACCCUGUGCCACCCAGUGCACCACAUCCUGCACCACCCAGUGCGUGGAGCCUUGUGCCACCCAGUGCACCACGUCCUGCAGCACCCAGUGCGUGGAGCCCUGCAGCACCCAGUGCGUGGAGGUCUGCCCCCCUAAGUGCAUCGACGUCUGCAUAAAGCCAUGUGCCACUCAGUGCCCAACCCAGUGCACCACCCAGUGCGCGGAGCCCUGCGUCACUCAGUGCUGCACCAAGUGCGUGGAGCCCUGCCCACCCCCAUGCGUGGAGGUGUGUGCCACCAAGUGCGUUGAUUCGUGCGAGACGGUGUGCCUGGAGCCAUGCAGCACGGUCUGCUCCCACCCAUGCUGA